UAUUUACGUCUCUCACAUGAAUAAAAAAAGGUGCUGAACUGAACAUAUCACUGCUGCACAAGCUGCAUGCGUUUGCAUUCUGAAUUUAUUAUGAAGGUAAUCAUUAGAAAGAUAAAUCGAAUAUAAGAUUUUGAUUCUUUUACUUUUGGUGGGAUUAGAAAGUAAAGAUAUUUUGUAAAAAAAAAUGGAUCGUAAUCUCUAAAGAUAUAUUUUAUUUUUAUUUGAGAUGGGGAAAGAGGUUUGGUAAAGUUUGUUCUUCAAAAUGUAUUGUUACAUGGCUUUUACUUAAUCUUGAAACUGGAAAGUAUCUGAGAAAGAAUCCAGAUGUUAUGAUCAAUGACUAAGAAAAAAAAAUUAUAAAUAAAAAAAAUAGUUCAUGUUAAGUGGCAGCCAUCAUUCUGAACGUUUGAAUCCACUUUUCAAGAAUGUCACAGCAAACAACCUUUUAUCUGCACAUUAUCUUAUUGUUUUCUUCUAAUUUUCAUGAGCAGGUGGGGUUGGUGCCCACAAAAUAAUCACUAUAGAGUGAAUGGUUAUUAAGCAAUCACACAAUAAAGAAAAACAGUCAUUUUUAAAGCAACAAUAACUUAUUUGAAAGAAAAUGGGGGGAAAAAAUAAAGGAAAGAGCGCUCAUUCCCUCUUCUUGUCUGUAGGUGGCGGUAAUGCACCGUUCAGUUACUGUUGCUGAACCACAGAAGAAGAAGACACAUUCACUACAUGAUCUCCGUGACUGAGCUUUUGGUUCUAUCUCUGUUUCGUUUGAUUCUUUUUACACCAUCGCCUUUUAAACUUUUUGGUGAAGGUUUAGAGUAAAGAGACGGUGUAAACCCGCUCGUUUCGAACUGGUUCCCGGAGAAGAGCCCUUUUCUCUGUUUGUUGAUGGCCAAUGAGCGACUCCGAGCUCUGGAGGAAGUGGAGAAAGAAAUAGCGAUGGUCCUGCAGUGUGCAGGUAAUAUUGUCCUGGAGCUCUCUAAGGACAAGCAGAUUGCAAGUUUCGUGGAGAGACAACUACUGCAGUUCCAAAGCUCCAUAAACCGAGUGGAGAGUGAACUGAGUGCCCAGAUCCGCUACCUCACACAGGUAGCAACAGGCCAGCCUCAUGAGGGGUCCACGUAUUCUGCCAGGAAGGACUGUCAGAUGGCCCUGAACAGAGCGGAGUAUGCGAAGGUCAAACUGGGAGAACUGGGCCGCGCAUGUGAAGCCAUGGUGGAACAGCAGCAUGGACAGCUGUCCAGCUGAAGAGGAUCUCUGAGCUGACAGCAGGACGUCGUCUUUCCCUGAUGGAGCUCUCCUCUCCACCGAGUUCCUCAAAAUACAUUUGUUUUUGCUAUUUUUUCCUUACAAUCCUUGAGUGUAACUAAACGUGUUAGUGUCUCGAUACAUUUGACUACUACUUUUGUUUGUGUCAAUAUACUAUUUUUUUAAUAAAUUGAGAUAGCUUCAUUUGUCACUCACAACCUAAAACAUGUUAAUGACUUUAAUAAAGUGUCUUUACAUUUGGA